GUUCGUCACAAACACAUCCGCAGCUUCAACAAACAAGACAAACGUUCGUGCAAGAUACAUCGUCUUAAUUCCAGAGAACAAUGGCAGCCAAUUUCAAAAUUACAUUGCUUUUCGUAGCUUUGAUGCUCGUCGCUAUGGCAAUGGCGACAAAAGUCAAAUUAUAUUAUGGCCAUGGUGGUUAUGGAGGAUAUGGCGGAUAUGGUGGGUAUGGCGGAUAUGGCGGAUAUGGUGGAUAUGGUGGAUAUGGAGGAUAUGGUGGAUAUGGACAUGGAUACAGCAACGGAUAUGGAGGAUAUGGACCCAGUUACUACGGCGGAUACGGCUACUGAAAUACCUACAACCAAACAUGUAACAUUUUGUAUUGACGAACGCGACAUUGCCUUGAUAGUAGAACCAUGUACCCAGCUUACCCAUUUUCACCAAUAAACGCAAUCUUUAAAAACAAA